UUCAAAAUAACUGAUACGGGGGCGUUUCUGUCUUUUCAUACGAAACGACUAACGAACCACAUAACUGCUUAUUUUUCUUCGCCAAUAGAAGACCGCCACGUUUCAAUCACUUUUUCCCCGCCAAAUCUCCUUCUUUUCGGAGACUCUCAAGCUCCAUCAAUGGCUUCCUCACUCUCCUUCCUCCUAAUCUUCAGUCUCUCCGUCAUCUCGCUCUCCACCGCCCUUCCAACCGAAGCUAUCUCCGAUGCCGCCGACAUCCUCGCCGACUCAAGCUUCGUCUCCAUGGCCCUCACCCUUCAGGUUGUGGCGGAAUCCCUCUUGGAGCAAUCCCCUUCCGUCACCAUCUUCGCCCCCACCGACUCCGCCUUCAAGAAGUCCGGUCAGCCCUCUUUCGACCUCCUCCGCUUCCACCUUGCUCCUCUUCCCUUACCGCCGCAGAGCCUCCGCCUCCUCCCAGCCGGCGCCAAGAUCCCCACCAUGCUCCCCGGCCAGUCCCUCGUCGUCACCACCUCUCCCUCCGACCGCAUUACCUCCCUCAACAACGUCCGAAUCACCGGAUCUCCGAUCUACUACGACGGCGUCCUCCUCAUCUACGGCGUAGAUCGCUUCUUCGAUCCAAAUUUCCAGGACAACAGCGGAUCCAACCAGAAACCUAAUUCCAAUGCCUCUUGCAUAGCAAGGAACCUAACCGCGAAUAAUUCCUCUGACUCCUUCUUCCCAGCCAUCGAAACCUUGAAAUCCGGAGGGUACACCGCCAUGGCGUCGUUCCUGGCGAUGCAGCUUGUCGGCUUAUCGGAGCAGAACCCGGUAACGAUAUUGGCUCCGCCGGACGAGAUGGUGAUGAAUCGAAUCGGAGAGUUCGAGGAGUAUCCAUCGUUCUUUCUCCGGCACGCCGUGCCGUGCAGGCUUCUUUGGAACGAUCUGGUGAAUUUCAAGGGUGAUACGGAGCUUCCUACAUUCGUGGAAGGGUUCGGGAUCAACAUCACGAGAUCCAAUGGCGUAUUGAAUCUGAACGGAGUGACGGUUUUCUUCCCUGACAUGUUCUUCAACGAUAAGGUGGUUGUUCACGGCGUCAGUGACGUUGUGGCUUUGCAGGACAGCAGCAAGACGAGUAACAACAAAGCUGUGGAGUCUUCUCUUUUUCACUAUGAUGGAUUCAACAGCACCGAUAACGAAAUUAUGUUUGAUCCCGGUGAAUUCUGAGGGUUCUCUCUACUUUCUGUGAUUCUUGUAGAUUCGGAUUUCUAUUUUCUUUUUCAUUUUCCACGCAUGCUUGCUUGCUAGUCACGCCAAAACCUCCAUCUGGUUGAAUAUCAGUCAUAUCCAAGUCAACCACUUCAUUCUCAUUUUCUAUUGCUUUAACAGGUGAUCAUGUUCUUAUUCUAGAUUUCGUUUUUUAUGAUUCAGUUGGAAAACUGGUAGAUAGAUAAGAAUACGAAUUAAUUUGAUCGAA